AUGGAUUUCCCUUCCAACAAUGCAGAGGCUAGUGAGGAAGGCAAUGGGUUGAACGAUCUUGAGUCAUGGAUUUCUUUUCCAUCCUCCCAACCAUCAAUUGGUGAAUAUAAUCCUCUUAGCUGCUUUUCCCUCCCUUCCGCCUACGCAUCGAGCUACACAACAAGUCAUGGUGUUGUGCAAGAUUCCGGGAUGUUCAGUACCGAAUCUAGUAGUCAAUUGACCGAGCGUCCAGAACGACACGAGGAUGAAUUUGAUUAUAUGAUCCCAGAACCUGUACCGUUCAAUGAGCUCCCCCAGCACAUAAACAUCAGUCGGAAUGAAGAAGAGCGGACUUAUGCUCCACAACCUGUCCCGGGGCCUUCCUCACGUUUGAAUCGCACCAUGAUGGGGAUAUUGGAGGAAGUGCCCUCCUUUCCACAGCCUCCACCUGAAGAUGCCAUAGCGCGGACUGCCACAACCUACAGGAUGUUGAUGUCCGAACAGAUAGACCCUUUGCAUCAUGUCUCUCAAUGCAUCCAGGAGCUUGAGACCAUGGCCAGCUGCUUAAGAUCAAAAUUCUUAGCAUCUUCAAAUCCAGUGGCCGGCUCUAGAAACCAGACCAAAGAGCAGUUUCGGUCAUGUGGAAAUGCACCGAACCACGCUGCCGCAAAAGCACCUUCCGGCGAGAUCGGAUACUUCCUGGUUCUGGAAAUGCAUCGACCGACGGAGAUCGGUCACAUCACGGCAGCAACGGCGGGGGGAACGGCGGAGGCAAUGGCGGAGGCAGUGGCGGAAAUGGCCAUGGUUCUUUCCCUAGUGGAUCAAAAGAUCCGAACAGUCAAACUCCGUAUUAUUCCCAAAAUCCACCAGGAGAUCAGGCAGGACACUCCCGUUAUUCUGAUCCGGGUAUCGGAAGCUCCAGGAACAGGAGCAAUGCAGGACCAGGGUCCAUAUCGCACUCUGCCUCGGACGAUCGGCUCAAUCUUGGCUCCAGUCACAACUUCCCAGAUGGAGCUAAGGGGCAGUCUAAGAAACCUGAGCCUCGACAGAACCACAGAGUUUCCAAAGCUGAUAAGUCAGUCCAAAAGCGCAAGCGCCUGGGGAAACAAGCGCAACCACCAGAACAAGGGCCGUCCACUUUCGGGAUAUGCAGAGGGUGUGGCCAUGAUUUGA